GCUCGGAGUGCGUGGAUGCAAACUCGGACGUGCUGCACGAGGCGGGUUGCCAGCAGGUGGGGUAUGUAUACGGCUCUCCUCUUUCUGCUCUUCGUUUCUCCCUCAUACAUGACACCCUUCUCAACCUGCACAUUACCUUGAGAGAAUAUUCACACUGUUUCAUUCGAAUACGUUUCGAUCUACCACAUAUCUGCAGCCAUGGCUUCUUCUGGGAGGACUACUGCUGUCACGGGCGGCACGGGAACAGAGAGCACACCUGCCAACAACGUAGGAGAGGCUCGCAGGGGCUCCAACUCAGGCGGUCUCUUCUCUGGCCUUAUGAACCAGAAGCGUAACAGCACCGAUGCUGCAGCCGCUGCUCGACGACAAAGUUUUCACGAUCAGAAACCGCAAGCGGGGAUUAUUGGGAAGCUGUGGCAUAACUUCACUACCGGAUCGCCGCCCAAGUGAUACGGGAUAGGCAUGAAGAAGAUGUUGAUGUGUUGAUGUGAUGCAAGGAAUGAAUAAGAG